UACUUGGGACGAGUUGAUCACAUCAGGAUUGAAAGUCGACCCUGAUAUUACAGGUGAUUGUUCGUAACAUAGUAUAAGAUGGAUGAAGUGAUCAGUGUUUCUGUACCGGGAUACAAAGAUCAAGUAUUUCACUCGCUUCAUCAGUUACAGCAAAGGGGAGUUAACUGUGAUGUAACACUACAAGCAUGUGAUGGCACUGCAAAUAUACACAGCAUUAUCUUAGCAGCCAACAGCGAAAAACACAUCUGCAGCAAGAUAUCACAAACAAAUGAAAAACUGCAAAUAGACUGUACGAAAUUCAGUAUUCAUGUGAUUGAAGCUGUGGUGAUAUUUUUAUACUCUGGAGAAUUGGUUAUUGAGGAGAGAUUUUAUGAUGAUCUUGUGAAACUUUGUAAAGAUUUAAAUUUAAGCUCUGCAUAUGACACCCUUAAACAGCAAUGUCCUGUUACAGAACGACAUGUAAUUUCAAAUAAUAAAGGUGAUGACAGUUUUAAGGAGGUAACAAUUAUUAAAAAAGAGCCAUGUUCUCCUUCUGGUCUUAGUUAUGGAUCUUUUCAAAGCACACAUACAAUUCCUGAAAUUGGAAAUGCUAAUGUACCAACUACACAAAGCAAAACAGUUUGUGAAAAGGACAAUCUUUAUCCAAAGAUGGCCAACAUUAAAAAUGAUCAGGGAACCAGUAGUGAUGAAAAUGACAUAGAAACCAGUUCAUUCGAAAACGACAGUAUCAGUGCAAUAUCCAGAGGAAAUGACAACAUUAAAGCAGCACAGUUAAAAACAGUCAGUGAAGGGAACAAUUUGUUUUUGAAGGUAACUGAUAUUAAAAAUGAUCAGGGUACCAGUAGUGAUGAAAAUGACAUGGAAACCAGUUCAUUUGAAAAUGACAGUACUGACAACUCAGGACCCUCUAGGUCUUCUCCUGGUGGACAGUUUUUAAAUCAUAUUGAAAAAAUUGUCAGACGAUAUGUUAACAAUGAAGAAACCACUCAAAAAGAAGAGAUAUGCACAAAGAAAUCCAACAGUGUUUCAAAAAAGACCUCGACAAAAGGCCAAAACAAAAAGACUUCAGUGAACAUGGUGAAGAGUGGUAAUAAGCGAUCUUUUGGUUUAGUAAGUUCAGGUAUUGAGGAGAAGACACCAGCAAAGAAGAAGAAAAGGACGUCAACAAGGAAUUUGAGAAAGGAAAAAGAUGUGAUUGAUAACAAAAACCAACUUGAUGUAAACGAUGACAGUAAUGAUAGGACUAAAGACCUAGAAUCUGACAUCACAGAAGAUUCAUUGACGCCUAAACCUUCAUGGAGAAAGUGUGUCAAGUGUAACUUAGUUUAUCCUACAUUUGCAGAAUGGGCAGAUCAUAUGAGGAAUCUUCAUAAGCCCUAUCCCUGUGAACUGUGUGAUUAUAUUGGUGUAGAGCCAUGUCUGUAUGCCUCUCAUAUGUACAGUCAACAUAGAGUUGUUAUUGACCCCAAAAGAUAUCCAUUGGUCCAGUGUAAAGUCCAGGGAUGCACAUAUAAAAGUUUAAGUAGAAAUAUGAAGGAUCAUAUGAGAUGUCAUAAGUAUAAAAAAGAGAAGUUAGUAUGUCAUGUUUGUGGAAUGGAGUUCACAUCAGAAGGAGGCUUGAGAGCUCACUCAUCUCACCAUAAAGAAGAGGAAAUGAAGUUUAAAUGUAAAGAAUGUGAUAAAGUGUUUGGAUGGAAACAUGAACUUAGGAAACACUUGGCUGCUGAACACAAGAAUUUUAAUCUAUGUCACUUGUGUUCAUUCAAGUCAAAGAAUAAAACAUCACUGAUUGUACACCUGCAUAAUAGACAUAAAGAACCGAUUCCAGACAAUAUGAAAACAUUUAAGUGUGAUGCAUGUGAUUUUUAUUGUUUUUAUCCAAGUUAUUUAAAGACACACCAACAAGAAAAUCAUUCAGAUUCCUUAGAUUUCCAGUGUACUAUUUGUCCUAAAAAGUUUAAAACCAAAAAGAGUUUAAGAGGUCACUAUAACAAUACACAUGGCUCAAACUUUUUUAAGUGUGCCAAGUGUAGUUACACAACACGAUCACAGACGACACUACAAGUUCAUCAACAGAGUACACAUUCUGAGGCACGGCCAUACACUUGUCAUCUAUGUGAGUACAGUUGUAAAUUAAAAGGAAAUUUGAACAGUCAUUUGAAGAAUAUGCAUAAACUAGAGAUUGUCUCCAUUAAUAAAUUACAUGAAAAGGUUGUAAAAACAGGUACAGGCUUUGAUGAAUAUAUGGAGGCUAGAAGAAAACUUUAUGAACCAGGUGUGAACCCAGCAGAAUUGAUAGUAACAAGACCAAUAGAAGAGAGCUGUGGUGUUCCUCCUUUGGAAGAUAAUGCAGAAGAAGACUACCAAGAUUUAACUGAAUAGUUUUGGAAAACUAAUUUACAUUCACCAUAAACUUGGAUAUUAGAGGUUAACAUUUUCUAUAUAACAAAACAAAAGAAUAGUGGUGAUCUAUUCAGCCCUUGGGACCCUCUUGUUUGUUAAAUUAUAUGUUAUUAAUACUGAAAACAGAAUUGAACCAAGCUAUUUGCCAAUUAAACAGUAACCCAGUUGCAAAAUAAGAUUACUGAAGACAUAAACAACAGCUCAAGGUCUUCAACAAAAGACAAAAGUUAGUGCCAUUUGUCCAGCUCAAAAUCCUUUCUUGUUAAGAAAAGCUGAGAACAUAAGUUUAAUAAAAAAAGUUCAUGAAAGAUGUU